AUGAAAGCACAAGCAAAAGAUAUAGCUCCAGAAAGUGAAGAACAAAAAUUUAAACAAAAAUGUAAAGAAUUAAAAAGAAGAAUAAAUGAAAUUGAAGAAAGUAAUGAAAUUGCAACUUUAGCAUUAACAAGAACUCAAUCAACCAUAAGAAGAUUAAGAUUAGAAUAUAUAAUCCUUUUGGAAAGACUAGAAGAUAGAGCAAAUGCAUUACCUGAAGGUAUUGUUGGAUUUGAAGAAAUGGCAUGUCCACCUGCCCCUGGCAUUUUAGAUGAAAGUUGGAAAGCCAAGAAUGGUGCUAGUAGUGGAACUAAUGCAACACUGAUAAAACGUGGUAGUGGAGGAGGUGGUGGUGGUGGUGGAGGUGCCAGCAAGAAAAAACCAAGUAGUGGUGCCAAUACCACUGAGACUGGAGCUGGUGGUUCAGGUAGUGAUGAAAAGAAACAACCAAAAGUUAGAGAUCCUGAUUUACCAAAACGUCCAACUAAUGCAUAUCUAUUAUUCUGUGAACAAGAAAAAGAAAGAAUAAAACAUCAAAAUGAAGAAGCUGGUGUAACUAGUGAUUUAUCAAGAAGUAUGACUGAUGCUUGGAAGCAUUUAAAUGAUGAAGAAAGAAAACCUUAUUAUAAAUUAUAUGAAGAUGAUAAAUUAAGAUAUCAACGAGAAAUGGAAGUUUAUAAUCAAAAGAAAGAGCAGGAACAAGAACAAGAGCAGGAAGAAGAUGAAGAAUCCAAACCGGCUGUUAAAAGACUUAAAUUGGAGGUAUCUGGAGAAACACCCGAAUCCACUCCUGAUGCAAGUUUGGAAAUACCAAUUGUUUCAAGUGUUGCUCAUACUCCAACAGUUGACACAGAGACUGAACCAGAAGACACUCAACAACCACCAGAUGUAAAAGAAGAAGAAACUCCUCAAAUUGAAGUCAAUUCAGUUGAACCUCCUUCUUCUCAAAUAAAACUGGAACAAGAUGAACUGAUGAUGAUUACAGAAUAG